GGUUGGGAAUGUAAAGCCAGCUCAUGCUAAUACAGGCCGUCCCAGGAUUAGACUGAACGAGAAGCUCUCUGUAUGGGCCAGCAAAUUUAGGAAGGGGAGGUUUGCACUGGAUGCAGAGAUGCAGUCAACCCGAGGGAGUUAAAGGAGUGAGCCGCGUCUCCUCUGUACGUCUAUGCAUUCGUCCAUCCGCCGUCCCGUUCCGGCCCAAUGGCUGCCACCCGACCAGCGUUUAUUGAGAAGAUCAUGACACUAAUUGGUGCUGGCAUCGACUUCUCAAAAGACCAGGAGUGCCCUGCCACAGGUGGAUCCGGGAGGCUGCUUGAACAGCCGGUUGGUGAUUGGUUGGAGAAUAUCGGCCUUCCGCAGUAUGAGAGCAAGCUACUGCUCAACGGCUUUGACGACCUGCGGUUCAUGGGAAAUGACGUAAUGGAAGAGCAAGACCUGAGAGAAAUUGGCAUCACGGAUCCGGCACAUCGCAGGAAGAUCCUCAGUGCUGCACGUUCUUUACCAAAGGUGAAAGCAUUAGGCUGUGACGGCAGCACGUCCCUCGCUGCAUGGCUGGACAUCCUGGGUCUUCAGGAAUACCUGCAGAACUUCCUGUCCAGCGGCUAUCGCACGCUAGAAUGCGUGAAGAACCUGUGGGAGCUGGAGGUUGUCAAUGUGCUGAAGAUCACAUUGUUGGGCCACAGGAAGAGGAUUAUUGCAUCGUUAGCUGAACGGCCGUAUGAGGAGCCUCCGGUCAAACCACCCCGCCUCUCUCAGAUCAGAUGUCAGGAUCUCAUGUCCCAGACCUCGUCUCCUCUCAGUCACUCAGACUCCUACACGCGCUCCAUGGAUCCCCUGUUACCUGCUGGUGAUUCUGGGAGGAGGAGAGGUCCCGACUCAGAAUAUGACGUGGCCAUUCGACAGCGGCCCAAUGACAGACCACAACCACAAGAGAGAUUUGAGGAACGUCAGCGGGAGCCUCGCUUGACCUUACGACCCCCGAGUCUGGCGGCACCGUACACACCGGUCCAGAACUGGCACCAUCAGCCCGAGAAGCUCAUCUUCGAUUCAUGCGGUUACGAGGCCAACUAUCUGGGCUCGAUGCUCAUUAAAGAACUAAGAGGAACGGAGUCAACGCAGGACGCCUGUGCUAAAAUGAGGAGGUCGACAGAACAGAUGAGGAAGAUCCCCACCAUCGUCCUCUCCAUCACGUACAAGGGUGUGAAAUUCAUUGAUGCUGCCAACAAGAACAUCAUUGCAGAACAUGAGAUCAGGAACAUCUCGUGUGCGGCUCAGGACCCAGAGGACCUCUGCACGUUUGCUUACGUCACUAAAGAUCUGCAGAGCAGCCAUCAUUACUGCCACGUGUUCAGUACCAUAGAUGUGAACCUGACCUAUGAGAUCAUUCUGACGCUGGGACAGGCGUUUGAAGUGGCCUAUCAGCUGGCACUGCAGGCCCAGAGGACCAGACAGCAGCAGAGCACAGCGGGAGUGACGGAAAUCAUCGAGACCAAGAGCAGCAGACCUGUCCCCAAACCACGAGGGAGUAUGCGCAAGUCAGGGGUUGAAGCGAUGGAUGUGGACGCUCACGCUCAGAGCAGUGCCACCUGGAUCCUGGACUCCAAAGAUCCCAAGCGCACCGUCAGCACCAACUGACCGCUGUGUCGGAUGCCAAACAGAAAGGAAAGUUGGGAUGCCAGUGACAGCAUGACUGUGGAUGAGACAUCACUUGUAGUGUGUGUGUGUGUGUGUGCGUGUGUGUGUGUGUGUGUGUGUGUGUUUAUAUAGAUCUAUGUAAGUGUCAGAAGUCUCCUCACACCUGCAGUGAGCUCCUCCCAUCCAUCACUAGGUUUUCACCUUAAACACACGAGCCAAAAACAAACAGAAAGAGUCCCAUCCACUUUAACACCCCUCCCUCUGAAAAACAUCUUGCUUUUAUCAGAUUUCAGAAGUUUUCAGACACUGGAAACUCACAGCAGUCACUGUAUUCUCAGUGCUGACGUUGUCUUUACUUUGAUUUCUUUGAGUUUUGUUUUAUUUUCCUUGUGAAGCGACAGUCGACACGCUUCUGUUUUGUCUGUGAUUUUGUCAUCUAAAAUUAUGGUCUUUCAUCUCACAAAGUGAAGAUGCUUUUAUUUUGUCUGAUAACUUCGAAAAUAAAAGCAGAAAGUUAGAAACACUGAUUCCAGUUCAGCAAAACACUGAUUAGAGAGUGCAGUCUUGUCUUUUGAUGUCCAGUUAAGAUCAGUCCAUCUGUAAGUUGAGAUCUUUGAUUCUUACUGUCAGUAUUUUAAGUCAGGUGGCCAACAGGCUUUAGUACAAGUGUUUGUACAAUGUGGGCAAGACCAUUAAAACAUAAGAAUUUUGAACUAUGGUACGAGUUUCAGUAGGAAAGGUUUGGCCUUUGAAUGUCACGGACAGAAACUCAAUGCCAGAUUAGUGGGAGAUACUGUUGAUAAUGUUGAGACGUCUUAUGGUACACUAUUAUGAUAAGUUAAUAACUUUAUGAUGGCAUGAGAAUGGUACAGUCCAGAUCUUGGUACUUGUAGUGACUCUUACACGUAUACUGUGAUUUCUAAUACGAAGCAGUGGCGUUAAUGUGACACUACAAACAACUGCGAGUUGUUUUUAUAUGUAGAGUUUUGUGUCUUUCCUUUAAUGAUUAAGUUGCAGAAAGCAGGGUAUGUCUAAAAAAUAAAAAUGAAACGGAUGAAAAGGUUUAAAAAUGGAAAUUUGCAUAGUCAUCUGUCAAGGACGAACCUGCGCUUAUGUUUUGUGUAGAUAAUAAUGCAGAAACAUGAGGUGUAGAUGGGAAAUAUUCCUGUAUGCAUUUAGCCCUAGUUUACAAGGAUUUUAGGUCUGGUACUUUUUUUUUAGAUUUUUUUUUUUCUUAAUUUUCUUUUACAUGGUACGUUAAAAAUGGGUAUAGUGCUAAAUACAAGCAGUUGCUAAUGCUAGCACCUGUAACAGCCGCAGUGUUUGCACAACUAAUCACAUUAGCGAAUACAAUGGUGACAUAUUCUUGGUUAAAUGAUUAAAAUAUAAACAAUAUCGAAUUGUAAAGUAAUCCUGGGUGGUCUGUCUUUUGAUACUUGAAUGAUUCUGCUUUUAUAGAUAAUUCUCUCGAUGUAUGUAUAUGUAUGUACUGUAUGUAUUUUUUUUUCUUUGUUAACUUUUAGGUCAUGUAUUUUGUCAUAUCUAGAGAGGAACGUCUUUUUAAAGCUCAACAUAUCAUGAUGUAAGUGAGCAUGAGACUGACAAUGGAAUCUCUGAGAGACCUUGCCACAGAAUCAAAGAGAACGAUUGUAAAUAAUCUUGGGCUUCCAGUCUUUUUUAUGAUUAUUAUUUUUCAUAAUUGUACAUCCAAUAAAUGAAGAGAUGGUA